UGUUUGCGUCUCAAGGUCGCCAUUUUGCAGGAAAGUUUGGGAAUUUCGGGAACAUUAGAAGAAAGAGGAAGUGUUGCGCUGAAGAAGUUUCGAUUACGGACGUGUGCGGAUCCAAGACUCCAGUCAGGAGGGAACGGGAGACAUGUGUGAACGGGAACCCGUCUGCGAGUGAACUUUACUUGCACUUCAGCAGGGGUUAUUAGUAUUUCUGCCUUUUCACUUCCAUUGCAACAGAUCGGAAGCAGUUUUUCCAAAUGUUUGUAAUGCACUCUGCGAUUUGUUGAUUUACUACUCCAUGCACUCGUCUGCAGAAAGUUGAGCAAAGUUGUAUGAAAGUGUCCACGGGGUCCUGUCGCAUCUGUGACAGGGUUAUGAGUGAAGUGGUCGCUUACAGUUUUUAUUGGAUUGGAGGACUAUUGAUAUUGAGCUUUCACAUGUCAGCCUGACCCGGUCAGUGAUCGCCGGUGAUUGUUGAUCACUACGAAAUCAAAGUGAAAGUGAUCAGUCAUUCAUUUCAAUGGUUUACAGCAGUCGCAGUUGUGAGACUUUGAAUUUUUGAGGCUUGAUCAUGCCAGUGAGAAAGAAAGAUGCUCAGAGGGCACUGCUGCUUCUGGACGAAUACCGAACUAAACUCAGUCAGACCGGGGACCCUCAUCUCAGACGUUCAAUUGAGAGAGUCAUCAAUAUUUUUCAGAGUCAACUCUUCCAGGCUCUUAUAGAUAUUCAGGAAUUUUAUGAAGUGAGCCUCCAGGAUAAUGAGAAUAAGCCCACAGAGCCGUCAAGCCUUAAAACCAGAGAACCUUUUCCUCCUGUUAAUGAAUGGAAUCUCACUGGCCCUCCCAGUACCACUGCACCAACAGAAACUGUGCCCAGUGUCAAUGCCCAAAGCAAAGAGAAAUAUAGAUAUCAGGAUGAGGAUACCACGUCGCCUCCAGAACACAGCUCUCCACACCUACCAGGGGAUGUGCGUCCUCCUGAGCUGGUGCAGGUGUCGGAGAAGAACAUCUCCCAGAUUGAGAAUGUACAUGGCUAUGUUUCCCAUUCACACAUCUCUCCUAUGAAGCAGGCAGAUGUCAUUCCUCCCUCCGCUCCCAUAAUCCCUGUGAUCCCUAUCUCACCCGUCCCAGCCGAGACCACUGCCAUUCCUGCACCCACGUCACAGGCAAGCCCCGCACCGAUGGUGGUGAACACAGAAAGCCUUGACACCUCGCCCUAUGUGAAUGGAACAGAAGCUGAUUAUGAAUAUGAAGAAAUUACACUUGAACGGGGGAACUCAGGCCUGGGUUUCAGUAUUGCAGGCGGUACCGAUAACCCCCACAUCGGCGAGGACCCAAGCAUCUUUAUCACAAAGAUCAUCCCAGGAGGAGCUGCCGCACAAGAUGGCAGACUCAGAGUUAAUGACUGUAUACUGCGGGUAAAUGAUGUAGAUGUGAGAGACGUAACUCACAGCAAUGCUGUGGAGGCACUGAAGGAGGCAGGCUGCAUCGUUAGACUGUACGUCAGAAGAAGAAAAGCUGUCACAGAAAAAAUAAUGGAUGUAAAGCUGGUAAAAGGUCCUAAAGGUCUAGGUUUCAGUAUAGCCGGAGGAGUUGGAAACCAACAUAUUUUCUGACAAGAUGCGCUAAUAUACUACUGUAAUAUUAUUACUUUUGUAAUGCGUUACUCCCAACACUGGUUACAGGUGAAUGCAGUUUGCCUUGAAGAGGUCACUCAUGAAGAUGCCGUGGCUGCCUUGAAAAACACCCCUGAUGUCGUCUAUUUAAAAGUGGCGAAACCCACUAGUGUCUUUAUGAAUGAUAGUUACGUUCCUCCCGAUGUCACCAGCUCCUAUUCCCAGCACAUGGAGAACCAUAUCAGCACCCAAAGCUAUCUGAGUCAGCCAUUAACCCCCGCCACUCCACCUCGGUACUCUCCUAUCUCAAAAGGCAUGCCGGGAGAUGAUGAGAUCACAAGGGAGCCUAGGAAAAUAGUCCUACAUCGGGGCACCACGGGACUAGGCUUCAACAUUGUAGGAGGAGAGGAUGGAGAGGGAAUCUUCAUCUCAUUCAUAUUAGCAGGAGGGCCUGCAGACCUGUGUGGAGAAUUAAGGAAAGGAGACCGUAUCAUCUCUGUAAAUGGGGUGGACCUCCGCAGUGCAACGCACGAACAGGCAGCUGCAGCACUGAAGAAUGCUGGACAGACUGUCACCAUCGUGGCUCAGUACAGACCUGAAGGUAGGCAGUUCCUCUCACAAUAUUUCAGACAGACCAGUAUGUUUCAAUCAUUUUCUCUGUUUGAUGAAAGCUGUUGUCUUAGCGUGGCUCCUGAGCCUAGCUUCCUGUACCCAUCACGCUCCUCCGUUCACGGCCAGCACAGAGCAGCUCUGCCCUUUAGCUUGGCGUUCAUUAGGAGAACGUUCCACAAUCAGUUCUCUUCAUCACGCGGCAUAGACUGCAGAGAAACAGAAGAAUCUGAGCUCCUCAACAUCUCAUCAACAUGCUCUUCUGCCCAGUAUUCAGUCAGCAAGAUGGAGAUUGGUUGUGCCCAAUCAGGCGGCCACAGAGCCCUGUUUGAUUAUGACAUAACGAAAGACUCCGGCCUGCCCAGUCAGGGGCUGAACUUCCACUUUGGCGACAUCCUACAUGUCCUGAAUGCUUCGGACGAGGAGUGGUGGCAAGCGCGGCAUGUGACUCCAGAUGGCGAGAUGGAGGAGAUGGGCGUCAUUCCCAGCAAGAAGAGGGUGGAGAGAAAAGAAAGAGCCAGGUUAAAGACGGUUAAAUUCAACUCCAAGUCUCGAGACAAAGGGCAUUCACUCAAUGACAAGCGUAAAAAGAACCUAUUUUCGCGAAAAUUCCCUUUCUACAAGAACAAGGACCCCAGCGAACAGGAAACAAGCGAUGUGGACCAGCAUGUAACUUCUAAUGCCAGCGAUAGUGAAAGUAGUUACCGUGGACAGGAAGAGUAUGUCCUCUCAUAUGAGACAGUCACGCAACAAGAAGUGAGUUAUGCUCGUCCGGUGAUUAUCCUUGGACCCAUGAAAGACCGGAUCAAUGAUGAUCUAAUCUCGGAGUUCCCGGACAAGUUUGGAUCAUGUGUUCCCCACACGACUAGACCAAAGCGAGACUACGAGGUUGAUGGCAGAGACUACCAUUUUGUUAUUUCACGGGAACAAAUGGAAAAAGACAUUCAAGAUCACAAGUUCAUCGAGGCCGGCCAAUAUAACAACCACCUCUACGGGACAAGCGUGCAGUCAGUGCGAGAGGUUGCAGAAAAGGGCAAGCACUGCAUCCUGGAUGUCUCGGGCAAUGCCAUCAAACGACUCCAGUUAGCACAGCUCUACCCCAUUGCGGUGUUCGUGAAACCCAAAUCAGUGGAGAAUAUUUUAGAGAUGAAUAAAAGAUUGAUGGAGGAGCAAGGCAUGAAGACCUAUGACAGAGCCAUGAAACUGGAGCAGGAAUUCCUAGAGCACUUCACCGCCAUUGUACAAGGGGACACAUUAGAAGAGAUCUACAACCAGGUUAAGCAGAUCAUCGAGGAGCAGUCUGGGCCGUUCAUCUGGGUACCUGUCAAAGAGAAAUUGUGAGAUGGCUGGAGACAAAUAAACCUUAUUUUAGUAUUUUUUUUUUAAAUUUUCUUUCGGGGUUUUUUUUUUUGUACUAACCUGGCCUGCUUCUUGCAUUGGCUUUUUGACCCCUGAGCAUAGGAAAUACAUUUUCUUUGGAUGGGCUUGGGGUCAUGGUGGUCUCACGGCCACCUCUCUCUCUCUCAUGCCUCUCUUUGAAACUGCUGUCUAGAACUCACAUCCCAAUCUCCGCAUUUCAUCCUCCGGUGGGAGGAGACAUGCCUGACCAGCGACUUACUGGACAGAUUAUACGGUACAGAUUCCUUAAUGUUUAAGGGAGGUGACUUUCUCGAAGGAAAACCAAUGAGUUAAUGCAUUAUAUACAUUUUGGUUUGUUCUUUUUCCCAUAUAUGAUCAGACGUUAACGCUUUCGUGUCGGUCUCUGAAAAGACAUAAAGCCACACUUUGCACGUUUUUGUAUUAAGAGCAUGUUUUGAAUUAUUCUUUUUUCAGUUAACAUAUGUUCUUACGUUUUUGAGCUACGUGAACUGCA